UCUCUCUCUCUCUCUCUCUCUCAUUCUCCUCCCCCUCGGAAAUGGUGUGACCGAGGAAACCCUCUCUCUCUCUCUCUCUCUCUCUCUCCUCACCUCUUCGUCCUCAUGGAGUCCCCCUCCUCGCCCUACGCCUCCUCCUCCCCCGAAGCCGCUACCAAGCGAUCUAAUCCCUUCAAAUCCCCCGCCCAUGAUGAUAAGGAGAAGCCGACACACAUUAGAUUUCUCGUGUCAAAUACGGCAGCAGGGAGUAUCAUUGGAAAGGGCGGAGCCUCAAUUAAUGAAAUUCAGUCACAGUCAGGAGCUCGUAUUCAGUUAUCACGUAAUAAUGAGUGUUUUCCAGGGACAUCUGACAGAAUAAUCAUGAUUUCUGGAUCAUUUGAUGAAGUAAUCAGGGCAAUGGAAUUGAUACUUGAGAAGUUGGUCGCUGAGGCGGAAGAAUCUAGUGAUGUUGAAUCUAGAUCAAAAGUCAGGCUCGUUGUUCCAAAUAGCUCAUGUGGUGGCAUAAUUGGAAAAGGAGGAUCUACCAUAAAGUCACUUAUUGAAGAUUCUCAUGCUGGGAUUAAGAUAUCACCUCAAGAUAAUCAUUUUAAUGGCUUACAUGAUAGGCUAGUCACAAUUACAGGGUCUUUUGAUGAACAGAUGCAUGCUAUCUUUCUAGUGUUAUCGAAGUUAAAUGAGGAUAUUCAUUAUCCACCAAAUUUAAGUUCCCCAUUUCCAUAUGCAGGUGUCAAUUUUCCUGGUUAUCCUGGCGUUCCAGUUGGCUAUAUGAUUCCGCCUACAGCAUACAACACAAUCGGCUAUGGACUGAAUGGACAUGGUGGAAGAUUCCCUAACAAUAGGAGAAACACAUCACAAGCAGUUCCCACCAAGCCACGUGCUGCGUCCCAUGAUGGCGAGGAAGACUCGGUCACUAUUGGUAUUGCAGAUGAGCAUAUUGGUGCUGUUGUCGGUCGAGGUGGGAGGAAUAUAACAGAGAUUAGUCAGGUUAGCGGGGCUAGGAUCAAGAUUUCAGAUAGGGGUGAUUUCAUGUCUGGCACCUCCGAUAGGAAAGUAACGAUUACUGGAUCAGCAGAAGCAAUUCGUACUGCGGAGUCUAUGAUCAUGCAGAAGGUUUCGUCUAGUUAAGAUAGUUGAUGAAGUUUUAUGUUUUAUCAGCUGAUGAAAUUUUGUGUUAUCAAACUGGGUGUUCGGUAACACUGAGGUAGUUGAUAUUCUUUUGGGAUGUGAGAAAAGUUUAAAGGAUGAAGCAUAUUUCAAAAGAUGUAUUCUAUUUUGAAAGGAAAUGAAAUAGAUCAGAGAAAAGAAAAAAAAGCUCUUUGAAGGAUUUUUUAUUUCUAUUUUUAUAUUUUGAGCUCUUGUUAAAAAGAUGAUUUGUCGGAAUAGUGUCUUUUCGACAAAACUUUUGUUUCAUCGCGCAUGAUGCGAGGAAUGGAGGUUACAAUUUUUGUUAUCCA